AUGGCCGCUAAAAAAGAAAACGUCACUAUUGCCCUCCAUCGCUCCUCCGAUUCCAUUCCUCUUUACCUCGCUGGUACCUUUACCAACCCGCAAUGGCAGCCCGUCAAGUUGACCGUCAAGCGGCCCCCACAGAGCGAGGACUGGAUUUACUCACGCAAGAUGAAGCUGUCUCCGGGCCAGUAUCAGUAUCGGUUCUGCGAGGGGGAGGGGGAGGAUGCUGUUUGGUUUCAUGAUGAGGGUGCGAAGCAGGUAUCCGGUGACAAUGGCAUUGUGAACGUGCUGAAUGUCGGGGACCUGGCUGCUGAAGAAGAGCCCAUGACAAACGGUGAAAAAUCUGUUUCCGAACCCGAGGUCCAAAGAAACGGUUCCAACCGUCCCAACGGCACAGAGGCGGAACCGGUGGAAGAGACAAAACCGGUGGAGAAUGGCCACUCUGAGGAAGUUCCGGAGGUUCCGGCCGAAGAAGUGCCCACAACAAACGGUACCAACGGUGUUCACACGGAAGAGGCCGCUUCGGAAGAGCCUGUCACGGAAACCGUCGAGUCUACUACCAAUGGAACAGAGGCGCCAGCUGCUGAGGAACCCGCCCAGGAACCCGCUGUUGAACCGGUCCAAGAACCUAGUACCAACGGGACGAUCGAAGCUCCCACCGCUGAGGAACCUGCUGCUGAAGAGCCAGCUGAGAAGGCCAUUGCUGAGGAGAAGCCCGCCACGGAGGCUCCCGCUGCAGAGCUGGCGAUUGAGGAACCGGCACAGGAGCCCAUUGAGUCGGCUACAUCUGUCGAAGCUCCCACCAAGGAAGAGACCCCCGCAGUUGAGGAGCCCGCAGCGGCUACGGAGGCUGCCGCUGAGCCUGAGACUGCUCAGGAACCGGCUGCCGCUGAGGUCGAGGAGCCCGUGAAGGAGGCUGACGACGUCAAGGUGGAAACCGUCGAGGAACCAUCCACCGAGGCCAAGGAGGAGCCUUUGCAAGCACCUGUUGCUGAGGAGCCCGUGAAGGAAGCUCCUGUUGAAGAGACUCCUGCUGAGGAGCCCGCCGCCAAGGUCGAGGAGCCCGCCGCUGAAGAACCUACGACUGAGACAGAGGCCCCUGCUGAGUCUGUCGAAGAAACCAAGGAGGACGAACCCACUCCUGCUCCUGAAGAGAAGCCUGUUGCAGAGGAGCCUGUCGAGGCUGAACCUACAAAGGAGGGAUCGACUGAGCCCGUUGCAGAGGCACCGGCCGCUAAGGAGCCUGUUCAGGAGCGGAAGCCGGAAGAGCCUGUGGCCAAGGAAUCUGCCCCUGCCGCCGAAGAAGCUGCUGAACCAGUUAAGGAGGAAGCUGUUGCUGAAGAACCCGCAGCGGAAGCUCCUGUCGAGGAGAAGCAGGACGAUCCUGUUGUCGAAGCAGUGAAGGAGGAACCCGUUGCCGAAGCUCCUGUGGAAGAGAAGCAGGAGCCGGUCGCCGAACCUGUUGUUGAACCUGCUACGCAAGAGCCCGCUGCUGAAGCUUCUGUCGAGGAAAAGCAGGAGACUGCUGAGCCCGUUGCUGAGGUCACUGCUGAGGCCCCGGCCGAGGAGAAGCAGGAGCUGGUUGCUGAGCCUGCUGUUGAGGCAGUGAAGGAAGAGCCAGUGACUGAAGCUGCAGAGGAACCUACCCCCGCGGCGCCUGUCGAGGAGACCCCCAAACCGACUGCGGAGCCCGCAACGGAAGCCCCGGCUGCCGAAGCUGUUAUUACGAAAGCAACUCCCGCCGAAAAGGUUGAGACCGCUGAGGAGCCUGUUGAUGAGACCCUCAGUGUUGACGCCACCAAGGAGGAGCCUGAGGCCACUCCUGAUGCCCCUGUGGAGGAGCCUACCAAGGAGCCCGAGACCGUCCAGGAACCAACUGUUGAGACUUCGACUGAAGAGCCCACCGCUGAGGAGCCCGUACCUGUUGAGGAGCCUGCUAAGGAGUCUGCUGUCGAAGAGUCCGUCGCGGAGGCACCCGCUGCUGAGGAGCCCAAGGAGAUUGUUGCGGAAGAACCGGCUAUCGAAGAACCCACCGUCGAAGCACCCGCUGCCGAAACCACCACUGAGGCUCCUGUGGCCGAGGAACCCGCUGUGGAGACUACUACCGACGAGGCUUCCAAGAAGGAAGUCCCCGCCCCCGCCGCUGAGACCAUCGAAGCCGUCCCUGAACCUGCUGCUGAGAAGCAGGAGCCUGAAGAGCCUGUCGAGGCCCCUGUCCAGACCACAAAUGAGGCCCCCUUGGAAUCCACUACCGAACCAGAGCAGCCAAUCGCUGAGGAGCCAAUCGCAGAGGAGAAGGUCGUCGAAGAGCCUGCCAAGGAAGAGCCUGCCAAGGAAGAACCUGUUGCUGAGCCCGUUGUGGAGCAGGUCACCGAAGUGUCCGCCAAGGAAGAGCUUGUUGCUACUGAGCCUGCGACUGAGACUGCUGAACCUGUUGUCGACACGCCGGCUCCUGAAGAACCAGUUGUGGAGUCCGCCCACUCUGAGGGUUCUGCUGUUGAGGCCAUCAAGACAGAAGAGGCCGUUCCAGAACCAGAGCCAGCAGUUGAGGAGACAACAGAGACCGCCUCGAAGGACUCUCUGCAAGAGCCCAAUGGCCACCCCGUCGAACAGCGCGACACCGUCCCUGAAGCACAGGAGGCUGGUUCCUCGGAACCCACCCAGGAGAGUACUCCGGCUGAAGAGGACGCUAACAAGGACAGCAGCAUCCUGACCCCCGAGACUCUUGGCGUUGGUGCUGCCGCUGCAGCCACCGCCGGUGCUGCUAUUGCUGCUGGUGUGGCCGUCGCUCACAAGAAGUCCGAAGCCGCCGCGCCCGAAAUCAAGGACAGCGAGGCUAAGGCCGCAGACAGUAAGCAGGACGCUCCCGCCGCACAAGAGCCUGAGCCAAGUGCUCGUGCCGCAGAACCGGAACCGUCGUCGAAGCCCGAAGUCGAAGCAGCCGCCGAGUCCACAACUGAGUCUACAACCACCGAAGCAGCCAACAAGGCCGGUGACGUUUCUACUGGGAAUACAAAUCGGUCAGUGACUACUGCUACUGCAGUUUCCUUGAACCAUGGCGACAGCUGGUUGAAAUCCAUUGUCCGAUCCGUGUUUUCCAACCUGUUUGGUGCUCUUUUCUCGCCUUUCCGCAGCAGUGGAAAGACCGAGCAGUAG